CAGAGUCUUAACUUCUGAUCUCAGGGAGGGAUUACUGUAAUUGGACGGCAGGGAUCAACAACUUCGUCGGAGAAUCAGGAAGCGAAGAGCAUCGAGGAAUCGCACCCCCUCAGGAAACCACGAGCCACGAUGGGCUGCAACAUGUGUGUGGUGAACAGGCCGGAGGAACAAUACAGGAUCAUGUUUCAGAAGGGAAACAAUCUGCGUCCCAUUGAUGCAGAAGUAAAGCUCAAAGGCAGAAGGACAUCUCACCUGUCCAAGGACAAAGAUGGGGAACCUCAUGACCCCCUCCUACUUCAGGUGGUAUGUAAGGGACACAGGAGGAGAUUGGGUACAGCUGCUGGCACGGCUCGGCUCAUGGCUAUCACAGACUGUGUGGACAACGGCACCCAGACCGACAUCAGCUUCCAGAACUUCCUGAAUGGGGACAGAGGGUCUUACCCGAGCAGUGGAUCACCCAUGCCCCCACCCUCCCCGUCCCUCGCACAGCUGGUGGAGCCAUACCUGCUGAAUGAACUUGGUUCUCUGGGGCAAGAACAUAGUGAUCCAAAUGACUACUUCAAUGUUGCCAACCAUGAGGUGGAUCAACGAGAAGAACUAGAAUAUGAGGAGGUGGAGUUGUAUAAGUCGAGUCAGCAGGAUAAACUGGGGCUAACAGUCUGUUACCGGACAGACGAUGAGGAAGACCAAGGCAUCUACAUUGGGGAAGUGAAUCCGAACAGCAUAGCAGCAAAAGAUGGAAGAAUCAGGAAGGGGGACAGGAUAUUACAGAUAAAUGGGAUGGAAGUGCAGAACCGUGAGGAAGCGGUGGCCAUCCUGACCCGUGAGGACAGCACCAACUUCUCAUUACUGCUGGCAAGACCAGAGAUAGAGACGGACACUCAUUUGGACCCAGAGGAGAUUGACUGUGAGUUACCUGUAGGGAUGAGUGUGGACAGCCUUAAUACUUCCCAUCUGUCCGGCCUUUACCAUUUCCGCCAACAGAGACCCCAAGCAGGCAUUCCUGAGGAAACCCUACAUCCAGAGACACCCAUGCUCAGCUUAGCAGCCCUCAGCAACAGUCAAGAGCUCGACAGUGGUGUGGGCCGAACAGAUGAGAGCACAAAGAACGAAGAAUCCUCUGAGCAUGACAUCUUACUGGGUGAUGAGCAGACCAGCACCUCCAACACAAAUGCCACUAACACACCUGGCAGCUUGCGCAAGUUUAGACCAGGCAGGAGCGGAGGAGGAGGGAGCGACACGCCAUCGCCACUGUUCCCUCUCCGAGAGCUUCACCUUAGCACAGACUCACUGAACUGUGGAAGCAUAAGUGGUGGGUACCUUCACGAUCCCGUCAGUGGGAUGAUAAUGCCGGGCCUGACAGAAGAGGAAUGCGAUAGGUACAGGCAGCUUCUGGAAAUCAAGUGUCGCUAUGAGAAGAGGAUGAAGAAAGUGCAGCAGGUUCAAAAAGAGGAGCAGAAAGAAGGAGAGACACAAGAGGAAUCUGAGAAUAGGGAGGAGACUCUGGAUGAGAACAGUAAUGAGAACCUGACUCCACAUGAGAUGGCGCUUCUGGAAGAGGAAAUGAGGCACCUUGAGUUCAAGUGCCGGAAUAUUCUACGAGCACAGAAGAUGCAGCAAUUAAGAGAACGCUGUUUAAAAGCCUGGCUGAUGGAGGAAGAAACAUCUGGCCGGGCGUCUGCAGAACCUCAGGGGUCUCCAUUGCAUGAGCUAUCUGACAUCAACGAACUUCCAGAGAAGGAGCGUUCGGACAAGGACAGCACCAGUGCUUACAACACCGGGGGAGAGAGCUGCAGGAGCACACCUAUGGUGAGCGAGCAUCGACUUCCAGUUUCUCAAAUCGAUGAGUCCACAAGUCCUCUGCCAAGCAGACACAGGGACCGACCAACCUGGAGUGAAAGAGGACGAGCAAGUCUCAACGGUUCAUAUUCGCCAAGCAGCUACAAGAAGUUUCAGACUAACAGCCCUAUGAACCAGAAAUUCUGCUCACUCACACGAGAAGGAACUGUCCGUCGCAUGCCUGAAGGAGUGACACAGGAUUCUAGGGUGAGUGGCCAUAACAGGAAUGGAGGUCGUAGCGCGGAGUCAAGUCCUUACUUCACUCGACGCCGUCAUUCUAACUGCUUCACUCCAGAACGCUACCAGAGUUGCAUGCAUCUGGGGUCCUCACUUUCUGAGAGUUCCGGACCCUUGGAUAGAGCUGUGGAAGGAGAAAGUGAGGCACCAGUGGGCGGCAGUGAUGGUGAGGGUCAUGGGAAUAUCACCUUUGGGUCAUUGCCUCACCCCAGCCCAGUGAAGCUAUCUUUGGCCUUACCUUUGCCACUUCCCCCUGCAUCACCACGCAUGGAGUGGAAGGUGAAGAUAAGAAGCGAUGGGACCCGCUAUGUGGCCAAACGUCCUGUCCGAGACCGGCUCUUGAAAGCCCGAGCUAUGAAGAUCCGUGAGGAGCGUAGCGGAAUGACAACUGAUGACGACACAGUGAGCGAAAUGAAGAUGGGUCGCUAUUGGAGCAAAGAAGAGCGUAAGCAACAUCUGCUGAGAGCCCGCGAGCAGCGCAGACGCAGAGAGUUUAUGAUGCAAAGUCGCUUGGAAUAUAUGCGAGAACACGGUCUGGAUAUGGGUAAGGAGAGCCAGUCGGAGUCCGGACAGAACCCAGCCUCAAUCCUGGAGCUCAGUCAGAAAAAGAGCUCCAAGAAACGCAACCGACGCAUACUGGACAACUGGAUCACCAUCCAAGAGCUACUUGCACAUGGAUCUCGCUCUCCAGAUGGGACAAAGGUGUAUAAUCCUCUUCUGUCUGUUACCACAGUCUGAAAGGAUGGUAAGGAAGGACAACAGGAAGAGAAUCUAUUUUACCGAAUUAUCAAAUAGAAAUGAUCAAAAACAGUUUAAAGGGUCAUCUGUCUACAUUACUAAUAUGGCUGAGCAACGUCUAGCAACUACUGCUUCUAUUAAUUUCAACAAAUUAUUUUGUAACGAGUACUUGAAGUUAAAAUUUCUUAAAGUCCCUGAAACAAGAUGAAUUUACUUGAGAAGCAACACUAGUUAAAACUUUUCACAGAUAACUUAUCUAUUGUUUUUACAUUUAUUA